AGGCGAACGCCGCAGGAGCUGGCUUGUAACCUGCCACAGCCACUGUGAACAAGAGGCCAGUGCAACGCAGGCAGAGGACCGCUGCCACAGCAAGACACUGAAGUCUGCGAAUCUUUGUUUUUUCUUUAGUAAUAACACUGCUGGUUGCAAGAAAAUGUUCUCCAAGUGUUUUUCUCGAACCGGAUUGUUCAUCUGGGCCAGCCGAAUGGAAACUAAUACGGGAAUAAAGAGGGCGUCAUCGUCGUUCUAUAAUGUGGAAAGCCGACGAGAUUCCUCCACGCAUACAGUCCUGAGUGGCAGUAACAAAUUAAAAACAAUGGACGAACUGCAUGGACCCAGUUUUUUGACGUCUUUAUAUUGGCUUUUCGGUAAAGGAUACUUCCCGAUAACCCAUCAAAUGCAGAUCGAGCACAACAAGAUCUACGGCCCGCUGUGGAAGUCGAAGUACGGGCCGCUGGUGAUCGUGAACGUGGCCAGCGCUGACCUCAUCGAGCAGGUGCUGAGGCAGGAGGGCCGCCACCCCGUCCGCACAGACAUGCCCCAUUGGAGGGGUUACAGGGAGUUACGAAAACAGGCCUAUGGUCCUCUCACCGAGAUGGGUGCAGAGUGGCAGCGGAUCAGGAGCAUUCUGAACCCCAGGAUGCUGAAGCCGAAGCACGUGUCCACGUACACAAGUGCCAUCAAUCAGGUGGUGACCGACUUCAUCCACAAAGUGGACUGGCUCAGAGAGACGGAGGGAGACGGGGUCAUGGUGAACGACUUGGCAGGGGAGCUCUACAAAUUCGCAUUUGAAGGGAUCUGCUCAGUGCUGUUCGAAACCCGUAUGGGCUGCCUGAACGAACAGGUUCCGGAGGAGACCCAGAAGUUCAUCUUCUCCGUGGGCGAAAUGUUCCGGCUGUCCCCCAUCAUUGUGCUCUUCCCCAAGUCCGUUUGGCCUUACCUGCCCUUCUGGAAGCACUUUGUAGCUGUCUGGGACCACCUCUUUAAAGUUGCCCAGGAGCUGGUGGAGCAGAAGAUCACUGAGAUCCAGAAGAAGGUGGAAAAUGGCGAGCCGAUAGAGGGGGAGUACCUGACCCACCUGCUGGUCAGCGAGCAGAUGUCUGUCACCGAGGUCCUGGGGAGCAUCACGGAGCUGCUGCUGGCAGGGGUGGACACGACGUCUAACACCAUCUCCUGGGCACUGUACCACCUGGCCCGGGAGCCAGACAUUCAGGAGAAGCUUCACAAGGAGGUGAGCAGUGUCUGCCCGGGGGACCAGGUGCCCACCAGCGAUGACAUCGCCAGGAUGCCCUGGCUGAAGGCCAUUGUGAAGGAAACCCUGCGAUUGUACCCAGUGGUACCAGGAAAUGCUCGCAUCACCGUUGACAGUGAGAUUGUGGUUGGCGAUUACAUCUUCCCCAAAAAAACGCUGUUCCACUUGUGCCACUACGCGGUGUCGUAUGAUGAGAAGCACUUCUCGCAGCCCUACGCCUUUCGGCCAGAGCGUUGGCUCCGAGGUGGGGAGGAGAAAAAUCGGCAGCACCCCUUCGGCUCCGUGCCCUUUGGAUUUGGGAUACGAGCCUGUCUGGGCAAGAGGGUGGCAGAGCUGGAGAUGUACCUCAUCCUGUCCCGGCUGAUGAAACACUAUGAGGUGCGUCCGGACCCGCUGGGAACCACAGUAAAGCCCAUCACUAGAACUCUCCUGGUACCAGCCUCUCCAAUCAACCUGCAGUUCCUGGACAGGAGAGUCCAGCAAGCCGACACCGCUCCAGCUAAAGCAGUGGCCAUUUAAACUGCACCUCUGGUCAUUCAGUGCAGCUCUUCUGACCUUACUCACAUAGUAUGUAAUUGAAUACAUGCGCUUCGCGUCAAACUAAUGGACACAUUAGUUACAGUUAAUCUCAAUG